CUGCUUUUUUAGAGUAGCUUCAAUGUAUCAAACAGGUGCUAUUAAAUACAAGUAACUUUAAGUGGUAAUUUUUUGAAAGCUUUUUAAAAUUGCUGAAUAAUCCCAUAACAGAAGGUGUGUUCACAGAACACAGGAGCCUAACAAUGGCCCAUUCCUGUCAUCUCUUAGUUUCUGUCAUGUAGGAGAUUACUUGAUCAUGCUUUGAUUAUACCAUGGAAUGUAUUCAAGUGAUUAUGAAGGAAAUUUAAAGGGGGGAAAAAAAAAGUCUUUCUUGGUUUCAUGCGUAAUUUUCACAACACUGGUGAGUUAUUCCUGUCUUCAUUUUGUAGUUUUAUUUUUGGGAUGUGCCUUGUGUAGUCUUAGCAGGCAAACACUGAGCCAUAGAGUAAAAUCUGAAAGUUGAAUAGUGAGCGAGUUAUUAUUCCAAAUGGAGCCUUCUGUUAGAGGUCUCAGCAAAGACAAAGGUAAAUACAGAGAAUGAAUGCCAUAAGAUGAGGGAAAGUGCAGAUAAUAACAUGGGAUAUAGGUGUGAUUAGAGAUUAUUAACAAUGCAAAAAAAAUGUUUCAAAACAGGCAAAAAAACUCCCAAAACCUGUCAGUUCACUUAAACUGGGGAGGGAACCACCUAAUAAACCAGAAAUUCUUUUAAAUCACAUUCAGUCUUAGAAAGUGUGUUCUGUGUUGUUUUCUUCUUCUGCUUAUUUCUCUGUUGGUUUUUAGGUCUCUGCCCUCCACGUUGUACGUCAGUGGCAUCUCUGCUGGAACAAGAUCAUGUCUUCUUUGACCCAUUGAAGGAAAGGGAAUAUUUGUUCACACUUAUGAUGAUUUGACAUAAUUAACGUUUUAUUAACCAUGAUGGCAACACAGACAUUAAGUAUAGACAACUAUCAAGAUGGGCAACAGAUGCAAGUGGUGACAGAGUUAAAAACUGAACAAGAUCCCAACUGCUCUGAAACUGAUGCAGAAGGGGUGAGUCCUGCCCCUGUAGAAUCUCAAACUCCAAUGGAUGCAGACAAGCAGGCCAUUUACAGGCACCCACUAUUUCCCUUGUUAGCACUAUUAUUUGAAAAAUGUGAACAAUCUACACAAGGCUCAGAAGGCACAACUUCUGCUAGUUUUGAUGUAGAUAUUGAAAACUUCGUAAGGAAGCAGGAGAAAGAAGGAAAACCUUUUUUCUGUGAAGACCCAGAAACUGAUAAUUUGAUGGUAAAAGCAAUCCAAGUUCUUCGUAUCCAUCUGCUUGAGCUGGAAAAGGUUAAUGAGCUCUGCAAGGAUUUCUGUAGUCGUUACAUUGCCUGCCUGAAGACAAAAAUGAACAGUGAAACUCUCUUAAGUGGAGAGCCUGGCAGUCCUUAUUCACCUGUGCAAUCUCAGCAAAUUCCAAGUGCCAUUGCAGGCACACUCAGUCCCCAAGGGAUUAUGGUGCCAGCAUCAGCAUUGCAGCAGGGAAAUGUAACUAUGGCAACAGUAGCAGGGGGGACGGUGUAUCAGCCAGUCACGGUGGUCACUCCACAAGGCCAGGUGGUGACACAGGCGCUGUCACCUGGGACUAUUCGGAUCCAGAACUCUCAGCUUCAGUUGCAAUUAAACCAAGAUCUAGGCAUCUUGCAUCAAGAUGAUGGCUCAUCAAAAAAUAAAAGAGGAGUUCUUCCCAAGCACGCUACAAAUGUGAUGAGAUCUUGGCUUUUUCAGCACAUAGGGCAUCCGUACCCAACAGAGGAUGAGAAGAAGCAGAUUGCAGCACAAACAAAUCUGACACUACUCCAGGUUAACAACUGGUUUAUCAAUGCUAGAAGGCGAAUUCUUCAGCCCAUGCUGGAUUCCAGUUGUUCCGAAACUCCCAAAACAAAGAAGAAAACAGCUCAGAACCGGCCAGUCCAGAGGUUCUGGCCUGACUCCAUCGCCUCAGGAGUUGCUCAGCAGCAAUCCAGCGAGCUGACCAUGUCCGACGGCGCCGUUGUCACCAUUACAGCUCCAGUCAACAUGAAUGUAGACAGUCUCCAGUCUUUGUCAUCUGAUGGUGCUACUUUGGCUGUUCAGCAAGUCAUGAUGGCAGGGCAGAGCGAGGAUGAGUCUGUAGACAGCGGGGAAGACGAUGGAGGAGACCUCUCAACAACGAACAUCAGCGGGCUGGUCUUGGAUAACAGCGAUUCUCUGCAGUAGGAAGCGAGAGAGCGUGACGAAACACUUAGGAAGAAAAAAAAGAAUGGACUGACUGACUGACUUUUUAUAGUUUGCACAGCAAACAUUUUACACAAGUUUUAUUUCUAAUAUGUUUUAUAUGUAGAUAUAGAAGGGUGCACUUUUUUGUAUUUCAUAGUAAGCUUAAAGAGUGUUUUUGCAGGUGCAGCAACUUCUUUCAAAUGUGGAUUGUUUUUUUUUUUUUCCCGGUUCUUUUUUCCUUUUUCUUAUUUCAGAAAAUUAUAUCUAGUAAUAUAAAGAACCACGUAAGCACCCCUUUGUUCUAUGAAUUGGAAGUGCUGCAGUUUCUGAUGAAUUAUGCAGUUUCAAUUAGUGCUGUUAUUUAACACAGCUUUGGAUGGGCAGGUGAUGUAAAUUUAAAGCAUGUGACACUAGUGUGUGAAACUUGAUUAUUAAGUUAGAUGCAUAUAUUUGAAAGAUGCUUCUGCACCUUAAAAACUGCUAGUCUGAGGUGGACAGCAACACACAUAAAAAGGAACUGUUGAUGUGUGAUUCAGUAGAGAAUGUAUGGCAAUUUAAAUAAGUUUAGUUUCUCUCAUAGUCCGUGAGCCUGUUUAUCAUUUGCUAUAAAAACUCCUAUUUUUACCUUGCUGGGGUUAUUGGAUAAAAAAAAAAAAUAUUUUUAUAAAUUCACUAGAAAUUGGGAUGAUGACUGUAUUAAGCAGGAGGAGGAGGAAAAAAAAAAUUUCCAGAGGGGAAAAAUAAAUGUUUAGUAUUCCUAUUUGGAAGGUCUGAAAACUGACCCAAUUUAAUAAACAUGCCUACAGUAGCAUUCUAUGAUUCUCAGCUAUCCCACGGUGAUAUACUAUAUUUGAUAAUAGCAUAAGAAGGGCCCACUGUUUGAUGGGAUUUUGAUAUUGUCAAACAUUGAUUUAUAUUAUGUGUAAACUAAUAUUCAAAUUACAUAACUCUGUAUCUAGACUUGUAUCUGAAAAUAUUUGCUAAAUGACUAUUCAGGUAAGUAAAUUCAAAUACCCACAACUUUUCCAGUUGCUAGAGGAACUUAACAGUUUAUAGUUUGUACAACUGAAUCUGAAAAAAAAAAAAAAGAAAAGCUGCCUACUAUACAGUCAUGAAUUCUGCUAUUUUAUUGCAUUUGAAAUAUUUUCCCCUAAUAC